CCCAUUCCUCCCGUCUCUUCUCCCCCAAAUCCCCAGUUCACUCCUGCGCAUCGCAUCCAUCCGCUUCGUCUCAGACCACCGCGAAACCCUAGAGAGAAGCGCCGAGCGAGAAGAAAAAUCGGCGCCAUGAACGACCUCAUGACCAAGUCCUUCAUGAGCUACGUCGACCUCAAGAAGGCGGCGAUGAAGGACCUGGAGGCGGGUGGCGGCGACGAGACCGAGCUCACGGAGGCGGGCUGCGCCGCCGGCGGCGUCACCGACGAGCGGCUCAAGGGGUUCUUCAAGGAGGCGGAGGUGGUUAAGGAGGAGAUGGCCGCCAUCCGCGACGCGCUCGCCCGCCUCCACGCCAUCAACGAGGAGGGCAAGUCGCUCCACCAGCCCGAAGCACUGCGCGCGAUGCGGGGGCGCGUCAACGCCGACAUCGUCGCCGUGCUCCGCCGCGCCCGCGACAUCCGCGUCAGGCUCGAGGCCAUGGACCGCGCCAACGCCGCCCAGCGCAGGCUCUCCGCCGGCUGCAGCGAGGGCACCCCGCUGGACCGCACCCGCACCUCCGUCACCGCCGGCCUCCGGAAGAAGCUCAAGGACCUCAUGCUCGACUUCCAGGCGCUGCGGCAGCGCAUGAUGUCCGAGUACAAGGAGACCGUCGAGCGCCGCUACUACACGCUCACCGGCGAGGUCCCGGAGGACGAGGUGAUCGAGCGCAUCAUCUCCGAGGGCCGCGGCGAGGAGAUCAUGGGCGCGGCCGUCGCGGAGCACGGCAAGGGCGCGGUGCUCGCCGCCCUGCACGAGAUCCAGGACCGCCAUGACGCGGCCCGGGAGGUGGAGCGCAGCCUCCUGGAGCUCCACCAGGUGUUCCUCGACAUGGCCGUCGUGGUGGAGUCGCAGGGGGAGCAGAUCGACGACAUCGAGCGCCAUGUCGUCAACGCCAGGGACUACGUCCACACCGGCAACAAGGAGCUCGGCAAGGCCCGCGAGCACCAGCGCAGCAGCCGCAAGUGCCUCUGCAUCGGCCUCAUCCUACUGCUGCUUCUCAUCCUGAUCGUCGUCGUCCCCGUCGUCACCAGCUUCAAGACAUCGUAGGGAAGGAGGAGGAGCAACCACACCGGAGUUAUGAACUUAUGAUCUGGACACUUGCAGUUGUGUCUAGUAUCUUAUUUCGCUUUCCUUUAUUCCUCUAGUACUUCAUUCGUUAAUUUCCUACCCGGAAUGUUUCUAUAUCGUCAGGAUUUGGCUGAUGAUAGUAUUAUACAGUACAUCUGUUCCAUUAAAUUGCCUCUUGAAUCUGUGCAUGAGAUGAGAUUUGGUGCAUUAAGAGUAGUAUGAUGGAUUAUACAUGAUUGAAACAUUACAUGUU